CAUGAUUAUAAUAAACUGACAUGAAAUGUGAUGUCUGGUCAUGGCGGCUUCCCAACCUGGUACAUCAUCUUCGGCACAGAAAGCUGAUAAUCGUAUCUUCCUAUUCCGUCUACAAAUGCUCAUUAUAGAUGGCGGACUUACAUGUUUAAGAAAUUAUGUAGAUCAGAAACUUGCAGCCAAAUCAUCAACACUAAGUGCAUGCCUUGCUAAUGAACAGGCACAAAUCAAUUUUCUAAAGGGACGUAAGAUAAUAACACAGGUGCAAUAUGAUUUAUUGUAUCCAUCAAGUGGCACUGUUUCAACGUCUGAUUUGGACAUAACACUCAUCAUUUGUCUUAUGAGAAAUCUGACGUGUUUCAACUUAAACACAAAAUUUAAGUGGGACACUCCACCAGCACAGAAUGACACUUCAAUUGAGGCAGACAUUUGUAGGCUGAAGUUCUUCAGGAAUGAAAUUUGUCAUAUAUCGACUACAACAGGGAUACAACAUAAUGACUUUAUACAAAAGUGGAAUGAAAUCGAACAGAUCCUCCUGAGAAUUGAUACUGUGUACCCAAUCAAAGACUUUCAGCAGACAAUAAAUGAGUUUCUAUUCUGUACUCUUGAUCCCAGUACAGAGAAGAGGGUAACAGAUGAAAUUGAGAAAUGGAACAAAUUUGACAAAUCUGUAAAAACUGAUUUAGAACAGUUGAAAACAGGUCAAAAAGUAAUGAAACAGAGUAUUGAUGCACAAAACAUAGAACUAGCUGAAACCAGAAAACGUAUGUCGGAAAACACAGACGAAUUAAAAACGGUUAAUGUCAAAAUAGCUAAAAUAGAAAGCCAAUUGCCAGCAGAAGACAACUAUCAGCAGCGCAAACUAGAAUUUCAAGGCGACCUGAUUAAAUUUUACAGAAAAAAGUGUAGUUCAAUACCACUCUCACCGCUUCUUGAAGAAAUAGAGACACCUCUAGCUGGGUUCUAUGUGAUGCCAGAUAUAGUCGCCGUAAAACAGAAAUCCCUAACUUGUCAUGAAGAGGAAAGAACACCGAUCAAGUCUUUGAAAGACCUGUUUUCAACCGGAAGUGGAGAUCAACAAGAAAUUUAUCUAUCAGCUGAUGCAGGUUUUGGAAAAACUGCUUUCUCAAAAUAUCUUGCAGUCACGUGGUGUCAAGCUCAUUGUCACGAUGAAAACUACGCCUGCUUUAAAGACGACGAGUUAAAAACGUUAUUUGACUUCAAGUUCUUAUUUUUGGUUUUAUUAAGAGACUGUACCUCUGUCUGUAACAUUGACGAUAUGAUUGAACAGCAAAUUACGACGAAACUUCCUACUUCUGCAAAACUAGAUGAAGUUUUACGUAGAGAAAAAUGCUUGAUUAUAUUGGACGGUCUUGAUGAAUGGACUCAUCCUGAUAAUAGCUGUAGCGAAGUAACAGAAAAAAUACCACAUCGGUACGUACGUGAUAAUUGUGCUAUCCUAACGACAACCCGACCGUGGAAGCUCGGAAUUGCAAAUCUCAAGUCAAGUCAAAUAAACAAAAAAGUAGAAUUGGUUCAAUUAAGUGCAGAUUCUACGCGGCAACUUGAAGAAAAUGCUAUAAGAAAAAUGACCGGUGUCCGUGACGAUAGAGUACUGGAGAGUAAAAUAUGGGACUUUAAUGAAGUGAUACGUGACCGUCACCUAGAGCACAUGCAAGUGAUUCCACUCCUCCUCAUGUAUAUUGUUUGCCUAUGGUGCAACAACAUUCCUAUAGGAAAUUCAAAACAUGAAAUUUACACCAAUAUCAUUGAAUUUCUAUUAUCAAGAACGUCAAAGAAACACCCGGAAGUUCAACCAUCUCGUGAAUCGUCUGCCAGUGAAAUUCCAGAAUACUUCAAAAGUCAUGAAUUUUGUAAAAAGUUUUACAGUCUUAUAACAUCAUUAGCAGAACUAGCUUACCAAACAUUAUUUCACGAAAACAGAGAAAACACGCUGGUAUUUGAUAGAACGGUUGCUGAAAAAUAUCUCAAAGCAGACGACAUAAAAUUAAGUCUUCUCUCAGGAAUAUUGUCAGAAAGUAGAAGUAAAACUUUAAUCAAAGAAAUUACUAAAUUAUCGUUUUCUCACAAAACAGUGCAAGAAUUCUUUGCUGCAAUAUUUAUAAGUUCUCAAAAUGACGCUCAGAAAAUUGUUGUAGAAAAAUGUAGAAAUAUUCAAGACAUUCUAGACAUGUCAAAAAUUUGUGAAUUUAUAAGUAAAAUGAAUGCUGACCGGAUGUGUGAAAUAUCAAAUGAUUUGAUGUCUGUGAUAAAUGAAGACGAGAAAACACGCGACUAUAGAACUAGGACAGGUGACGAGAACAUGUACAAUACUCCAUUGUAUAACAUACAGAAAAUGUUCAUGUCGUGUUUACAAGAAAUGCCUGAAAGUGAAAAUAUUCAAUUAUGUUUACAAGAUUUCUUCAUUGACAAGUACACCGAGGACAGUAAGCUGUUACAACGUUUAUUAAAACAAAAUAAAACCAACAUAAAAUCACUUUAUAUAGACAUCAGAAUACUUCCAGCAGUUUACGUGAAAUUAUAGAUUUAUUCUCUCUCACAGAUCUCAGUCAUAUACAGAAACUUUACUAUUAUGGUGACUACGACAAGGAGGCUAGGAUAAGUCGGAUUU